AAAACUUCAAAAAGCCCACUUUUCCAAUAAAAAAGGCCUAAUAUAAGGGCAAUUAUUACAAACCAGGAGAGAUACCCUCCGUUCGUUCGGCGUUGCAGUUGCAGGAAAAAAAUCUCACCAGGAGCAGAAAAAUCAUUAGUAAUGGCGGCAAAUGAAGCUGGUAUUGAAGUAACUGCACCGACAACAGGAGAGCUGGUGACCGAGCAGCCGCAGCCGCAGCCGCAGCCGCAGCCGCAUAAACUUGAGAGGAAGUGGACCUUUUGGUUCGACAAUCAAUCCAAACAAGGCGCCGCCUGGGGCACUUGUCUCCGCAAGGUCUACUCCUUCGACACCGUCGAAGAAUUCUGGUGUUUGUAUGAACAGGUAUUUAAGCCAAGCAAGCUGCCUGGAAAUGCUGAUUUCCAUUUAUUUAAAGAUGGGAUUGAACCCAAAUGGGAAGAUCCAGUGUGUGCUAGUGGAGGCAAGUGGUCUGUUACUUCUAGCAGAAAGGCCGACUUGGAUACCAUGUGGCUUGAAACUUUGAUGGCUUUGAUUGGGGAGCAAUUUGAUGAACCUGAUGAUAUUUGUGGCGUGGUUGCAAGCGUGCGUCAGAGGCAGGAUAAACUUGCUUUGUGGACUAAAGCUGCUGCCAAUGAGGCUGCCCAGAUGAGCAUUGGCAGGAAGUGGAAGGAGAUCAUUGACGUCAAUGACAAGAUCACCUACAGCUUCCAUGAUGAUUCCAAAAGGGAAAGAAAUGCCAAAAGCCGAUACAAUGUGUAAGCACUCCAUGACUGUCGUGCGAUGUGCAGUGUGGUUUUGUUAGCAUGUUUCCACACCAAGAAGUGAAAUGUAUUUUUGAUAUGACAAAUCCUUAAUGGAUGGUAUCAUGAUGAUGCUCCUUUAAUUUUGGUGUUGGACAAGAUUGAGCUUGUGAGAGUAUUGUAUUAUACACUUACCAGCAAUCUGUACUGUUGAGAGAUAUUGUUGUGCCCAAUAUACAUGGCAGAAGAAACACCACUUUUACAGUUCCAA